AUGGGUUAUCCGAUCGGGUACAGGUUUCAUCCUACAGAUGAAGAACUUAUAGGUUACUUUCUCUACCACAGGGCCAGGAUGGGCAAUCAGUUCCACUCGAAUGAGAUCUCCGAGUAUUCGGAGUUUUACGGCCAAGAAGAACCCUGGGUUGUUUGGGACAAGAACGGUGGUUCCAGCGUGGAUGAUGGAGAGCCUCUAUUUUUCUUCACCAAACGCAAGAAAUUGAACCCCAAUAGCAAGCGGUUUGAUCGCAAAGUAGGCUCGGGAACGUGGAGCGGGCAAUUUUCUAGAGAGGUUGUGGCCGAGAAUAGAGACACCGGAUGUCGUAUUACUGGGAUGAGGAGGGAAUUUAGGUACGAGGGUGGCUGUGAUCCUGAACAAAACAACUCUUGGUUGAUGCAAGAGUACGAGUUGUGUGCCACUGACGUCUUGGUGUUGUGCACCUUGAAGAAGAACCUAAGAAAAGCACGAUCAUCAACAUCAACAGCUACUACUAGUAGUUCUCAGACCAAUGGUAAGAAGAGGAAGAGGAUUGUUGAUAAUCAACCGAGAAAAACCAAGGCAGUGAGAUCAGAAAAGGCUGAGACUUGUGAGGAACAACAAUCCACCAUCUGUGUCGAUCUUACAGAUCUGGAAGAGACCAAUUCCGAGAGUCGAGACCAUCAGUUGCUGCAAGUUGUUGAUGAAGAUUAUCAUCCUGAGCUCUAUCUUGAGUUGCAUCCCGAUCUCGUUCAGAGCAAUGAGCAUCUGUUUUUUAUGGAGGAACUUUUUGCACCAAGUCCUCUAAAUGUUCAGGAUCCUCUUCCACACUUGGAGUCGAAUGAGUCUCAGUCUCAGGAUCAAUCAUAUGUCAGCACUAAUGAUCAAUUUCAGGAUCAUUCAUAUGAAGACAAUAGCUUCAUGAGUUUCCUAUCCACUGAAUUUCAACAUCAGUUAGGCGAAGACAACAACUUCAGCUUUGUAUCCAGUGAUCAAUUCUUGGACUGCAACGACUUAACAUGGUAG